AUGAUAGGGACGUCCACAGUUGAGUGGAUGUUGAUCCGCGUGUCUAUACUCGCAUUCCGAUACGCGCCCAUUCUUUACAGUAUCCCGAUUAUCCUACUGAUUGGUGUCCACGGCGCAAGAGCCUGGACGUUCUUCACGACGGGGACCUUUACGGCCCUGCUUCUCGCCGAAGCCUUCUUCUACGUCCUCGCCUGGAAGCCUGCGCAGCGACGCCUCAGACUCCAAGCCCAGCACCCCGCCUCUCAGACCCGCGACGAACGACGCGGUCUCUUCCAAAGAUGCAUCACCACUGCACCAGAUCCGGCCGCGUACAUACAGGGGUGGUUUCUUGGGGCGGAUCUGGACGACGUUCGACGCGACAAUGUACGCGAGUUCCUGCUGUGGGCAUUUUUCGACCAUGACGGCACGGUGUGCGCGGAUGGCGACGAGGACGAGUUGGAGGACUACGUGACUGGCAUCGAACAAGCCCUGGGUCGAAAGUUGGAACCAGGUCGCAGCUCCGUCAAAUCUCUCAGGCUGACAUUCGACGAGAUUGAGACGGCAUACCGUGGCUUGCUCUGGUACGCCGUCAUCUUCAUGGUCGAUCAAGCGACACAUGCACUGAUGAUGUGGUAUGGCUACCAGUACCAUGCGGCUGAGUCUGCUCGUCAGGCAUUCCCACCGCGGCCACAGAAUCUCUGGGCUCCGAAAAGGUCGCCCGUCCGCAGGCUGAGCUAUUGGUACCAUCCGCACCAGGGGAACAAGGCCCAGCAGCCCGUCGUCUUCUUCCACGGCAUCGGCAUCGGUCUGCUCACGUAUAUUGGCUUCCUGAACGGGAUCCGCAGGAGGAGUAACACGGGCAUCAUAGCUAUCGAGCUACUACCCAUCUCAUUCCGGCUGACAGAUCCGCCGCCGAACCGCAUCGAGUUUGUGCAACAAAUGGUGACGAUCCUCGACCACCACCGUUGGGACCGAGUGGCUCUCGUCUCUCACUCGUACGGCUCGGUUCUGACGACGCACGCCCUCGGCUCGCCGCUGCUGCAGUCGCGGGUGACCUCUGUGGUCCUGACCGACCCAGUGACCAUCAUGCUGCAUCUGCCUCAUGUCGCGUACAACUUCACCCGGCGACGUCCUCGCCAGGCAAACGAGUGGCAACUGUGGUACUUUGCCAGCACGGAUCCCGGGGUGGCCCACUGCCUGGGGAGGCACUUUUUCUGGCGCGAGAACAUCAUCUGGGCCGAAGACCUUUUGCACAACGACCGCAAGGUGGCCGUGUCCUUGGCCGGGCGGGAUAUCAUUGUGAACACGGCAGCGGUGGGUGAGUAUCUGGAGCAGGAGAAGAAUAUCCAGGUGGUCAGCUUCCCCGGUCUCGACCACGCACAGGUCUUUGACGACAGGCGAGGCCUGCGGACGCUGGUCGAUCUGGUGCAUGCGACGACGGCAGCCUAUUGA